GGUGGGGCAGUCUUCCUGGGGCUUGUGGACACCAGGGUGCUAGUGAAAGUGAGGGAGAAUCAGUGAUCCAGAAGCCAUUUGCACCAUGAGUGUCUCUGCUUUGAGUCUUACCAGAUUCCCAGACAGCAUUUCCGGCUUCCUGCAAGUGGCCUCUGUGCUCAGCCUGCUCCUGCUGCUCUUCAAGGUGAUCCAGUUCUAUGUGCACAGGCAAUGGCUACUCAGAGUUACCCAGCAGUUCCCAUUCCCACCUGCCAACUGGUUCUUUGGGCACAAGAUCUCUGAGGACCAGGAGCUUCAAGAGAUUCUAACACGAGUAAAGAAUUUCCCAAGUGCCUGCCCACGGUGGUUCUGGGGGUCCAAAAUGCGCAUACAGGUGUAUGACCCUGACUACAUAAAGGUGAUUCUGGGGAGAUCAGACCCCAAAAGUCAUGGUUCCUACAGAUUUCUAGCUCCUUGGAUUGGCUUCCAAUCCCAUUGCUCAUAUGCUCAGUCACACAAUCAUCUCUGUCCAGGGUAUGGUUUGCUUUUGUUGAAUGGAGAAACAUGGUUCCAGCACCGACGAAUGUUGACCCCAGCUUUCCACUAUGAUAUCCUGAAACCUUAUGUGAGAAUCAUGGCAGAUUCUGUUCAUGUAAUGCUGGAUAAAUGGGAACAGAUUGUUGGCCAGGAUUCCACCCUGGAGAUCUUCCAACACAUCUCCUUGAUGACCUUGGACACCAUCAUGAAGUGUGCCUUCAGUCAUGAGGGCAGUGUCCAGUUGGAUGGAAAAUACCAGCCCUACAUCCAAGCAGUUGAGGACCUGAACAAUCUCUUUUUUUUCCGUGUGAGGAACAUCUUUCACCAGAAUGACACCAUCUACAAUCUGUCUUCUAAUGGCCGCCAGGCUAUCAGUGCCUACCGACUUGCCCAUGAUCAUACAGAUCAAGUGAUCAAAUCAAGGAAGGCUCAGCUUCAAGAUGAGGGAGAGCUGGAAAAGGUUAAGAAGAAAAGGCGACUGGAUUUUCUGGACAUCCUCCUGUUUGCCAGAAUGGAAAACGGAAGCAGCUUAACUGAUAAGGACCUGCGUGCUGAAGUGGACACGUUCAUGUUUGAAGGCCAUGACACCACAGCCAGUGGUAUCUCGUGGAUCCUCUAUGCUCUGGCCUCACACCCUGAGCACCAGCAGAGAUGCAGGGAUGAGGUGCAGAGUCUUCUAGGUGGAGCUUCUAUCACCUGGGACCACCUGGACCAAAUGCCCUACACUACCAUGUGUAUCAAGGAGGCCAUGAGGCUCUACCCACCUGUCCCAGGUGUGGGCAGAGAGCUCAGCACACCUGUCACCUUCCCAGAUGGACGCUCUUUACCCAAAGGUAUCUCUGUCUUGCUCUCCUUGUAUGGCCUUCAUCACAACCCAACUGUCUGGCCAAACCCAGAGGUGUUUGACCCCUCUCGAUUUGCACCAGAAUCUUCUCGACACAGCCACUCGUUCCUGCCCUUCUCAGGUGGAGCAAGGAACUGCAUUGGGAAACAGUUUGCUAUGAAUGAGCUGAAGGUGGCUGUGGCCCUGACCCUGCUCCGCUUUGAGCUGCUGCCAGAUCCCACCAGGAUCCCGGUCCCCAUACCACGACUUGUGUUGAAAUCCAAGAAUGGAAUUCAUCUAUGUCUCAAAAAGCUCCAAUAAUCUUCUCAGGACAAGGACAGCUCCAAUGGCAUGCUGCCUGCCAUCUUGUCUUCCUGUCACUCAUUCUUGUUCCGGCCCAUCUGCUCAUUUCCUUUCUUUCUUCCCUCCUUGUUCACCUCCGGCUGUGUGUUUCCUGUCUCCUUGUCUACCAGUCUUUCUUCCUCACCUUCUUCCAGGAUCACUACCUGCUUUUCUCCCUACCUAUCCCCUACAUGAAUGCAUGUCUGACCUUCCACCUUAAUAAUCUCCCUGACUUCCCCCUGCCUGCUCUUCUGGGUCUUCCAUUCUUUUCUGUUGCUUGUCUAUCCUUGAAUGUGCUUUAUACUGAUGCUGUAAGUGAUUACAACAGAAGCACAUGCUCUUCUGGUUCUAAAUACCAGACAUUUUACAUGAUUUCAUUGGGAUGAAGCUAAGACUGGAGGGCCAUGCCAGCCCCUUGGAUAUUGUUAUGUCUCUUCUUAUUCCCUUUCCAUAAUCCAGAGCUGCAUUCCUGGGUUUCAAAAACCCUCCUAACUGUUAAAAUCCAACACCAUUUUUCUGCUUUUGUCUCCAGAUCAUCUCUCCAUCUUUGCUAGGUGUAUGCUCACUUUGUGCCUGAAAUGGAAAUAUUGGCCAUGCUUGUGGUUCUACCAAGAUCAGGACAUGCCUUUUUAACCACCCUAAUAUAGUCCUUCCCUGACUGUCACCUCAUAUAACCUUCUAAAUCUCUCCUCAAAGUCUCCAUCUACCCUCUUAUUUUUAAAGCAAGCUUAGCCAUCUUUUCUCCUCCCUGCAAUAAAGUUCACAAGGUGG